UUUUUCCUCGCGCUAACAAUGGCCGCUCGAGCGGAAAAAAAAAAUUUCUAGCGAAGCGAGUUGCUGAGGCUAUCAGAGUGCACUAUCGGGAUUUUGAGCACGCUUACGUAUAUUGAAUUUGAUUGCGCGGUUCUGCUAGCUAUGUUCUAACAGCCUCUGGGUAGCAGCGGUAGUGGUUUUGGAUGGUGCGCAUUGCGAUAAUUAUCACGCGUCUUUCGAUUUGCCACCUCCGAAGUAUGGUAACCAAAUCUGUUCCUAGGUUAUGUCGGAAAAAAUUCCUUUACUUGGUCCUCGUCUUAUGCCUACUUACACCCGCCGUGGUAAACUUCUGGCGUGGUACAUGGUAUAUGUUUGACCUCCUUUUUCCUGGUGAUGCAGUUUUAAGUGCCUUAGUUGGGGUCAAUGCGAGUUUCGGGAUUAUUUUCAUAAUGACAGCAAUAGAGGAUCGUUUAAAGAAAUUCAUAAACGAAGCGAAAGCGAAGAACGCAUUGUAUCUCGUUCUUAUUUACCUUCUGGCGAACUUGACCGUCGCAUCAUGGAGAGGGUUGUGGAUGAUACUGGAUCAUUACACUACGACUUCUUCUACAAGCGCCGGUGUUUCCCACGGAAUUGGAUUCUUGAUUGUGUUUUUGUUGAAAACACCUAGAUCUAUAAUCGCCGUUCCAGGUUACUGCGUCAGUGAGAGACAGACAGAGCCAUCAGAAGUGAUUCUUACCGUAAAGCAUUGUUUAAGGAGCAAGACAGCUUGUUACUCACAUGUAUUGAACAGUUUUGUCACUGUCUAUGUUAUAGGUGCAGGUGUUAUAGUCUAUUGGCGAGGAACAUGGAUAAUUCUGAGUAAUGUGACAUCGCCAUGUGGGUCGAAGUUUACAUAUUCAGUCCUUGUUUUGGGCUUGGGAUACACUGUAUUCAUUUCAUGCUAUUUCAUGGGCGAGUACUUGUUGUCCUUUGAAUUAAACCUGGCGAAUUCCUUGUUGACGCGGGCUAUGGGAACAGUGGUAGCGAAAAGUUUCCUCUAUCUACUGGGGCUUGGAGUGGUGGCUUCAUGGCAGGGCAUAUGGCACUUGAUGGAUAUAUACCUUUUAUCAGAUCAGCCCAUAGUCAGUGCCUUGGUGGGGCAUUUUGUUGCCGCAGGUGUCCUCUUUCUCUCUCAAGGAAGUCUCACCCUACUUAGCCCUCCUGCCACCUGUGCAAUUCCAGAAGAAAGAAUGCUUGAUGGGUUACAUUUAGGAAACUUUUUGAAAAUAAGGUCUGAAAGCUCCAAAGCUGGUGAAAACUAUUCAUUAGAGUACCAUCUUCCUGAGGAAAAUCAGGAUUAUCCACAUGCUGUAGACCUGUUAGUUUGCCUUCAAAUUCUCUAAGACACUCAAUCAUUUACCCUCAUUCACAUACUUCAUGGCAUGAAUGAUGGAGCACCAUCCAGUGCACUACCAUAAGAAGUAAAAAGAGAUAAAGGUACUGGAACUAGUACUGGUUGUAGAUGGAAGUGUGAAAAGGAUUCAUACACCAUUAUCUCCAAUUCACUUACAAAAAUUAUAUAAUCCAUGGUAUAAUAUAAAGGAAAGUGCUAGAGAACUCUGGUAUACCUGCCAACUUUUUCCGAGUCAAAUACACGAGAUUUUUGUCUCCUUACAACCGGAGUUUCCGAAGUUGUUCCGGCAACUUCCAACAAUUUACCAAAGACUUCCGAAUGCAACUGAAUAUGUCCAAAGAUGCUCUGAUGACUUCUGAACACGUCCAAAGCUAUUUGAAGCAACAACAAGCCCAGUUUGUUGGAAUAUUUAAGGGGAAUAUGGGAUUUAAUUUUUGUUGUUAGUGUGCUAAAGAACAAGUCAACUGCAUUUCCAAGUCAGGCAUGAGAAAUUGCCCUCAAUGCAUGAGAUCGAUGUCUUUCGGCCGUGGACGCGAGACUCGCGCAUCAUGCAUGAGAGUUGGCUGGUACAGUAUGGUAACCAGGCCAUGUGAAUACAGCAAACACCAUCAAUUAGAAAAAAUAGGUCCGCAAUGCAUAUAUGUGUGGCUUACAAAAUUGAGCAGCUUUCUAGUGUCUGAUGUCUUAUCGAGUUUCUGUUAGAAGAGCUUCGAGACGUACAGUUGAGAAAGAAAGGCAAGAGGCAGGUUGGAGAUCGUGGGAGGAGGUGCGGACAGCAGCUACCAAUCGAGAGAAGUGGAAAAGCCCUGUGAAGGCCCUAUGUGCCACGAGGCAUGAAA